UAAAAAAUCCAAUAAAAGAUGUGAAAUCCCUCGAUCUCUCUUUUUCAUCUUCUUCCUCGAGACCGCCACGCGUUCCACAACCGCUGCUGCCUUUUCCGUUCAGCACCGCCCCUCGCUCCGAUCACGCCGUCGCCAUCCCUGUUCAACGCUUACGUCACCUGCGCGCUGUGCACGAGAAGGCCCACGUAAUUCUUGAGUCGUCUGCAACCCCAACUCCGCGCCGGUCACGGUCCAGCCUGAAUCACAUCACCGUGCUAUUAACUGCCGCCGCCGCCUUUGGUUGAGGCCAAUCGCACGCCGCCCCUCCUCCACUUGGGUGCCAGGACUGAUUCAAAUUUGGUUAAAUCAUUUUAGAAGCAGUGUUGGUUAAGGAUCUGUUUGGCUAAUCCCUAAACGCUUCUGGGGAACGGUGAGAAGACAGUAAAAAUGAGCAAAUAUGGCCUGCAGCUUAGGGUUAAGCCAUCACAGCAGAAGCAGCCUACAAGACCACCCCUUCCUGCUCCUCUUGGAUUUCAAGAUGAUGAUGAUGAUGAUGUUGAGAGAGAGAUAUCCCGUCAAGCUUCCAAGAAUAAGGCACUUAAGGAUAUUGAGGACCAACACAGGAAAGCACUAGAGGAGGAUCCAUCUGUUUUUGACUAUGAUGGAGUCUAUGAUCAAAUGAAAGAAAAGGCUGUUCAACCUCGAGCAUAUGAUCGUGAAGAGCGAAAGCCAAAAUAUAUUCAGAAUUUGAUGAAAAAGGCACAAGAGAGAGAGAGGGAGCAGGAGAUUAUAUAUGAAAGAAAACUAGCCAAGGAGAGAAGCAAAGAUGAUCAUCUGUAUGCUGGUAAGGACAAAUUUGUCACUAGUGCCUACAAAAAGAAACUUGCAGAACAAGCAAAAUGGAUGGAGGAAGAGCGUCUCCGACAACUUCGGGAGGAGAAAGAGGAUGUUACUAAGAAGAGCGACAUUACCGACUUUUACUUCAACCUUCAAAAGAAUAUUGCCUACGGUGCCAGGAAUGCAAUUGAGCCAAGGGAACCUCCAAAUAAGCUUCUAUCAGAGAAGCAAGAGAAGCAGACUGAAGUUCAUAUAUCGGAGAAGCAUGAAGAGGGUGCUAAUGCCGAUACCUUUAAUGACCAUCAGUCUUUGAAAUAUUCCAACUUACCUUCCCAGUCAGCUAAGACAAGAGAAGAACAUCCUCGUCUUGAAGAACACCUUUCAGUUUCAAACAAAACAACACCAUCUGAUGUACGAGGUAAUAGCCCCCGUACAAUAUGCAAUAAAACUCCAGUUGAGGAACAACCCAAGCAUGAGCAAGGUGAACAACAACCAAAGCGUGAUCACCAUAAAAGAAAUGAAGAUGCUGUUGCUGCUGCAAAAGAGCGCUUUUUGGCUCGGAAAAGAGCAAAGGAGGCAUGAAAUACUUGUUGAGCUAGAUUAAACUAAGGACUAAUAUGUAAAUGUCAUUGUUGUAUGGAGGACAUUUGAUAAUUAUGUUCUAAUGGUCAAAUUAGUCUUCGAGCUUUGGCUGUAACAUCACAUUUUUGUUUUACGGUUCAUGUAAGACUACAGAUGAAACCCGAAGAAGUAGCUGCUUGAACUUGCAGCGUCUUCGUCUGAAGCAAGUAAAGUUCUCCUUAUAUAGGGACAAAUAUCAAGUUAUGAUUUGUGAAGUGCA